AUGAAGACCAUCGUCGCCGCCGCUCUCGUCGCCUUCGUCGCGGCCGCGCCCGCCGAUACGCUCGCGCGCAAGCCGCUCUUCUCGUCCCAUCCACACCCUCCGGUCUGCGCAAAGCCCGAUGGGUGCGACGCGCCGAUUGACACGCUCUCGGAGACCAUCCAAGCCAUCAUCGGAGCGUCCUUCCCCCCAAACGUCGUGUGCCUCACCUACUACUCCACGUGCGGAGUCAUCGAGGGCCCCGUUGCCUGCAUUGCCACCGCCGUCGCACGCCUCGUCCAGAGCCCCGUCUUCGGCAUUCCCCGGUUCUUGCGCGACCUCCGCGGCUGCCUCGUGGGCUCCAGCUUCGCUGCAGCGCUUCCUUGCGGCACGACGGCCGACGGGAAGUUCCUGUGUGAUCCAGAGGACAACGUGUGCGACUCCUGCGGAGUCGAAUACGACUCCUGCAGCGGAUCUCCGGAUCCGAAUGAAGGCAUCGAUGUCGUGAUUGAUUGCAAGACGUAUUACGAGUGCUCGCCCUCUGGCGAGCCCCCGGACACGUACACGCCCGAGGCGGACGUUUUUGCCGGUAGUAUCGCCGCGGAGCUCACCACCAAGGCGCUGCUCCACCCGCUCGACACGAUCAAGACCCGGCUGCAGUACACCGUCGUCCCAAAGCGGCAGCGGGCCGGCGCCUCCUCCAUCCCGAUCGUCUCUGACCUGCGGCUUGGCUUCCGCGUGCUCGCUGAUGCGACGCGGUCACCGGAGCACUCGAUGAAGGACCCGAGCCUCCGCCCGCGCUCCCGCGCCGCCGACGCCGCCAACGCAGCCCGCUCACUCUACCGAGGGCUGACGCCGCAGCUGGUUGGCGUGGUGCCGAUCGCGCUGGUGUACAUGCCGUCGUACGAAGUUGCGAGCGGCGCGCUCAAGGGCACGCCGCUGCAGUCGACGCCGAUCGCGGGCGUCCUCACCGGCGUCGCCUCCGCCGUCGUCCGCGUGCCCGUCUCCGUGAUCAAGUCUCGCAUCCAGCUUGGCCUGCCCAGCGGCGGGCGAGGCGCGAGCCCUUCACCCAACCCUUUACCCCGACCCUCAAACCUCUAG